AUGGAGUCGACGCCGAUAUGUCGGUGCCGUGUUCUAUACCUGGGCUCGGCGGUACCACAGCAGAGUAAAGACGGUUUGCAAGGAAUCCAAGAGCCCUUACGCGAGUUAUAUCCGGAAAAGGGCGCGACCAGUGGUGGAAUAGAUUCGUGGUUGUCAGUUUGGUCCAACGGAAUUUUGCUGGAGAAUGUUGAUGAGAGCGGAUCGCGAGUUGCGAGAUUUUUUCCCAUAUCGAGCUUGCAUUAUUGUGCAGCUGUUCGCCGCGUAAGUGUUGAGGGUGCGCCGCGAUUUUUGCCAUUGGACUCUCCGUUUGCCAGAGCACCAGCUCCUCGACGGCCACCCCUGUUCGCGGCUGUUCUGCGUCGAACGCAAGGUAUAAAAGUUUUGGAAUGUCAUGCCUUUAUAUGCCGCCGUGAAGCGGCAGCUAACGCGCUUGUUCGUUGUUGUUUCCACGCUUACGCCGAUAGCUCGUAUGCGAAACGUUUGGAGGCAGAACGGUCGCCUUCACAGCUACCCCCAGAGCCGGAAGAGGAGCUCGAAGUGUACGAUGGAGAUGAAAAUCAUAAAGUAUGGAUCGGAGAAGUAGAGCGAGAUGACGCAAGUGAUGAUAUACCGCAUGCGACAAGAGCGCCGCGACCUCGACAGAUAACGCGACCCGCAUCCGUGCCACCACCGCCGCCACCACCAGAAGAACCGAAAAAGAAGUCCACCACAAAGAAAAAUAAAAAGAAAUCAUCUGCGUCUGCGGAUGAAUUGUAUGCUACUAUGCCGGGACCAGCUCCGAUGAUGAAUGGUAGAUCAUUAGGUCGAGCACCCCCUGCUUGGGCGGCCGCGCAUCCUAUGGUUUUGGUUGCGCAUCCCGCGGCGACUUUACCUCAUGCUAGACCGGCAACAUUAGGUCACAGAGGUCGAGUACCAGCUGCGUUGGCUCCUGGUCCUUUCCCUGCUGUCCCUCCACCUGGAAGAGGCCGUCUACAGUACGCCACCGUUGACCCACGUCGUUCGAAACCGCCCCCGCCGUCUAUGAAAGCAGCUCAAAGUAUGACUGGAUUGGAAGCCGUAGAAGACGCCGGUGGAAUUUAUAGAAAGAAAGGUCAUUUGAAUGAGCGAGCUUUUUCGUACAGCAUAAGACAGGAACAUAGAAGUCGAUCGCACGGCUCCCUCGCCAACUUAAAAUUUGCUGCCCCACCUGAGGUGGAGACAGGCCGUGAAGAGCUUAAGAAAGAACGGGAGAUAAUGCAGUUGGUGGCAGGUCUGCAGCUUAGUUCAGACGAGCUAGAACGUCGCGAAGUGCCACCGCAUAUGCUGAGAUCUAGGCACGCACCUAGAUAA